CCCCCUUCCCCCUCAUAAAGCCCAGUGGAAAUUUCCGUCGUCCGCUCAGAUCUCUGUCACUCUCACGGCUCCUGUUACCGAAACGUCUCCGGAGAAUCUCUCACGUUCACCUUAACCCUCUCGCACUCGGCUCCUCGCUUCCACUGAAACUCGCUCGAAUCCACAUCUCAAGGUUUCUACAUCUCAAGAUCGUCAUGUCUCAGCAGCACAUCAGCCUCCCAGCCAAGCUCAUUAAUGGAGGCAUCGCUGGCAUCGUGGGGGUCACAUGUGUCUUCCCCAUCGACUUGGCAAAGACCAGGUUGCAGAAUCAGAGGCACGGUCAGCAGGUCUACAAGAGCAUGAUGGACUGCCUUGUGAAAACAGUAAAAUCAGAAGGCUACUUUGGCAUGUACAGAGGCGCUGCAGUAAACUUGACCCUGGUCACCCCGGAGAAGGCCAUCAAGCUGGCUGCUAAUGACUUGUUUCGCCACCAUCUUUCCAAGGAUGGAAAGGGGCUGACAGUGUUUAAAGAGAUGCUGGCAGGUUGUGGUGCAGGGAUGUGCCAGGUCGUUGUCACCACGCCCAUGGAGAUGCUCAAGAUACAGCUGCAGGAUGCAGGCAGACUCGUGGCCCAGCAGCAGAAACCGGUCAUGAUGACUCCUGCAAAGCUCGUGGCCACUAACACGGUGCUCAGCCGCUCCUACAACUCGGUGGCCUCGGCACCCCGAGCUGUGUCGGCCACUCAGAUUGCAAAGGAGCUGCUUCAGACCCAGGGCAUCCGGGGGCUCUACAGGGGACUGGGGGCAACACUGAUGAGGGAUGUUCCCUUCUCUAUGGUCUACUUCCCAUUGUUCGCAAACCUGAAUCGCCUCGGAAAACCCUCCCCCGAGGGAUCGUCCCCGUUCUACUGGGCCUUCUUCUCAGGCUGCGCAGCCGGAUCCACUGCUGCAGUGUUUGUUAAUCCCUGUGAUGUGGUGAAGACAAGGUUGCAGUCAAUGAGCAAAGUGUCCAGUGAGGAGACAUACACUGGUGUCGUGGACUGUGUGAGUAAAAUCAUGAGGAAGGAGGGGCCGUCUGGUUUUCUGAAAGGAGCCGGCUGUCGGGCUCUGGUCAUCGCUCCUCUCUUUGGAAUUGCCCAAGUCAUGUACUUUGUUGGUGUUGGAGAAUACAUCCUGGACAACUCUCCCCUGAGCCUCCUGUCGGCGUGAACCCACAUCAGCUUCCUGUCUAUGCAUACAACCUUUUGGGCGUAAAUGACGUAACAACUGGCAGCUACACACCACCAGUUAACAGCAGAAGAGGGAAAAAACUACACAAGGCUUGUUUGACAAAGUCAAAAAGGCUUUGAGAUGUGAAGACUUGUAUUUCAUCUUUUGUAUGAUGUGUUGCACUUCAAACACUUUUCAGAUGUUCAGUGAGACUGUGGCCAGCGUUAGCUCGAGCUGUUAGCCUUACUGAGUCGAGGGACUCUUGAGUCGCAGUGUUAUUCUCUCUUUGUCCCGAGACUGUCCUAUUGUGUUCCCCUCUGUGAGGGCUGGAGCUCGCUCCUUCAAAGAGACCGGUGGGUUUUCCUACAUGUUAUCACAUUUCAUAUUAUUGUUUUUGUACGUGUGUGAGCUUGAGAUUUAUUUUCAGUUGCUGAAUGCAGUAGCUUGCAGUAUUUUCUGUUUGUGCGUCUUUCUUCCUUUUUCCAUUGUUGUCUCAUAUUUCACUUUUGGAACACGAGGCUUCAAAUGGGGAAACAAUGGAACCAUUCAUUCUAUUCAUUCUAUUUAAAGGGAUCUUUUUAUUUUAUUUUUUUUACUUGAAUAUACAGCAUUUCCUGUGAUUAUACGUGUUAAAUUGGACUGAUAGUGAACCUUCCUAGUGACGUGGGACCAGACGGUUUGAAACCAUGAAUAGUGUCCUGCUUGGUGCUUGGACAUUAGCGCUUCUGUUGUUUAGUAGUUUGUAAACAACAGUGUUUGUAUCUUAAUAUCUGCAAAAACUUGAUGCAUUCAUGCACAUUAUAUUGUAUGUGUUUGAUCACAUACCCUCAGUUCAGAGACUUGCAUAUCAGACCUACCAUCUCAAUCACUGGUUACUGUGUUUCCUGCCUUAACAGUGGAAGUUGGCAUUUCUCUCUGAAGAAACGAUGCUCUUGGCCAAAAACAGCAUUAAUAUUAUUGUUACUGUGACCGUGUGACAAAUGACUGUUACCUUACUUUGUGUUUGAUGGCUUUUGUAUAUAACGUGUGUGUGUAUAUAUUUAUAUAUAUAAUUCAUUAAAACCUGCAAACCACU